AUGACCACACUCAUCCCUACCGCCAGUGCUUGCUACACUGUGCUGCUUCCCCCGACCGAAAAGGACGACAGACUCAACCUUAACGUCCGUACGGGGUCCGCAUCGACGCUCUACAACUCGUUUGUGUUCACGUUUGGUGGACUCACCAUCGGACUCGAGCUCCACGAGUGCACCAUCGAGGAGGUCUACAACACGUUCCACCUGAAGAUUCUCCACUCCAACUCCAAGUUCAAGCUGCUCUCCAAGUACCUCUCUGGCGAGAUGUUCUACUUGAGUUUGAUCGACCGGUACUGGUGCCGGGUACAGCUCAAGCCCGAGUUGCCACGCCCCAAGCCCCGGCUUUUCCACGAGAUCUGUGCCGUUAACAACUGCGUGUACUUGUUCGGAGGGUUGGUGAUCCCCGACCAGCCUCCUGCCGAUGGCCCCACCUCGUACCUCCGGGCGUUCCUCCAGCCUGCAAAUGACUUGUGGGAGUUCAAUCUCGAAACUGCCAGCUGGACACUUCUCCACGACGGUCGGGGCUACCACUCGGACCCCAGCAUCCCCGUUCCCCGUUUUGCCCAUAAAAUUACCAUCAUAAACCGCUUGACCUGUGUCAACAAGAAAGACCAUUUUGGUAUCUUUAUUGCAGGGGGCAAGGACCUCGAGUCCCGCCCCAUUCGUGAUAACGUUAUAUUCGACUUAGUCGACAAGAAGUACGUUGGUGUGGCUCCUGUAGAGUUGCAAAUGUCCUCCAAAGUCGGAGGUGACGUGCUUGCAGUGGAUUAUACCAACAGCAUUGUUGUUAGCUUCCCAGAAGAAGUGGACCAUCAUCACCAUCAUCACCACUAUGACCCUAACGAAGACAGAAAAAAGCACGAUUAUAGCCAUACCACGGAACAGGAGGAAUCAUUGAUCGUCUACACUCCGACGCCCACGAACAACCCAGACGAAUUUACGGAUAAUCCCCUCAAAAGUUUCAAGAUUGGUAAGUCCAUCAAGUCUGGUAAACCUUUGCGUAUCCGCAAGAAGAAAAUUCUCAAGCACGAAAGUACGGAAGCCGGCGAUGCUACCAAAAAGGUGGUUGAGCGCAAGACAGUCAAGCAAACUAUUCCUUACAAUUUGCGGUUCCCUACAGGUGGUCUUUUUGGUCAAAAUGUGGUAAUUACAGGUUUCUUACCCAAUGACUAUGACAUCUCGAUUUUCAUCUAUAAUAAGCCUACGGGGAAAUGGUCUCGGUUAAACAUAUUUUGCAAUCAUGAUUAUGGGUCCCAUCGUUUUUGGGGUGGUUAUGCCUGGCAGUCUCAUCACAAAGUGGUGUUGCUUGGAAAUUUCAUAACUUCUAGAACGACCAGCAGUAUAAGAUACUUCAAUUUGAUUGUAACCGUCAGUUUACCUAUCACCAAUAUUUUGGCAAGUUCUGAAUUGGCUGGUGGCCAUCACCAUACCGCUGACGGAAGAAAGGUAUAUCAUCAAUCAGAAAAAUCAAACUUGGAAAAGCGAAGCGACGAAUCAGUGACGGACGAUAGUACCUGCAGUAACGAUGAAGAAAUUGAUCCUCUCAAGAAGAUUACGUCAAGAAAACUCUCCACAGUAUCAAAUUCCAGCGAUAAGACAUCUCCAACUACAAUCAGUUUCAGUGAGUAUGUUCACUAUGCAGCUCCUAAAACAAACUUUACAAAAAUCAGAUCCGUUUUUCCACCUGCAGCUAUCACACUCGGUCGUAAUGCAUUUGAUAGGUACGGUGACUUGAUUUCCGAUUUUGAAAUGAUCAGUAGUUCAGGUGAACGAAUCCCUGUAUCUUUAACUGUAUUAUUACAGAGAUGGGGAAGGUAUUUCAUCAAAUUAUUGGCUAAGGGAUAUGUUCAAGCGGUUGAUAGAUUUGACCACGAACAAGCCAGCGGAACUAACUCAACUCACACCCAAAAGUUGAGGACAUCAAAAAUUGUUGAUGAGAAACAGGCCAAUGAUCAGUCUAUGAGUGAGAUUCCAUCAGUUGACUCCGUUGAAAAGCCAGACGAACUUCAACUGGGACGAAAAGACUCAAUGAGUUCUUUCUCGAGUGGGACAUCAUUAUUGACUUCCCAUCUUCAGGAUAUACCACCGCAGCUACCAUUGCCAGCUGAACUGAUCCCAGCUGUUCCUGCAACCCCAACUUCUUUCAGACAAUCUUCAAGAAAGAAUUCCGGAGACUAUGGAUCACCUCGUGCUUCCUUGAUCAACACAUUGACUCAAUUAAGGAAUAUUCCUACAACUAGAUCACCCAGAGACUCUCCAUUCGCAUCUCCUAGAGCCUCGUUGUCGAAUCAGGGAGGAGCGGGGCCUAACUCUGGAGGAGCUGAUCUUUUCGGGACUAAUGUGCCUAACUUAAGACCUAAUCAGGCUGUUUCCAUCAAAUUGAGCCCAGGAAAGAGACUAGAAGAUUCAUCUUACACUUUAGUAGAUUCUGUUGACUCUUAUGACCUGAGAAAACUGUCUGACAAGAAGCCUUGCUCGACUGGGAAAUUGCCUUCCUUCACAACUUCUGAACCCGAUACAGAUAAGUUUGCUUCGCUUUCCUCGACUCCUUCGAAUAAUAGCAAAGAAAGUCAAGAGGAAUUCGAUGAAGAUCAAAAUGAAGAAGAUGAUGAGCACCUCACCACUUCUCGUGGAUUAUUCGAUAACGCAUUGCUUAACUUUGAAAAUAUAGAAAAUGGCAAGUUUCGAAUGGAGCCCUCGUUGAUUCCUAGAAAACUUUAUAUGCCAUGUUCUACAACAACUAUCAAGGCAUUCUGUGAAUACCUUUAUACGGGCCAAGUGGGAAACAAGUGGCUAUUAUUCCCCACUACAUUAGACACACUUGCGAUAUCCAAGUUUUUCAAGGUUCCAUUGUUGUAUGACUUGAUCAGUGAAGUGCUUUUUGGUAUUAUAGGUAGAAAGGAAGCUUUUAUUAUUAAGGAAGGCAAUAAGUUGAAGAAAAGGUACUUUAAAAUCUUGGAAACAACCGGUACUCAAAUUGACCCUAAUUUUAAUUUUCCACUAGACGAGUACGAGGGGUUCAUGGAUACAGUUGAUGAUGGCUACUUGGAUAUAGCCUUAUUGAAGAAGUCAUCAAACUUGCACAAAAUGAGUGUGACUUCUAAUAUGAGUGUAAGACGAGACAAGGUAAGAAAGUACUCAACUUCCAGAAGAGCUUCCUUGAAUGAUACUGAAAUCACGGAAAAUGAAGAAAGAUCUGACCACACUCCAGGGAUUGAAGCUGAAUUAUCGUGGAAUCAGGGGGUAGCAGGAGCUCGAUCUGAUGAGAUAACCUAUAAAGCCAAUGCUGAUGUUGCACCUAAAGAUGGAUCAAGAAUUGAAGAUUCGACUGAUGAUUCGGACAAAAAGACAACCUCAGAAGAAGACCCUGAAUUUGAAUUGAAAUAUCUUGACACUUAUGAUACCCCACUUCCUGAACCCAAGGCAUCACAAGAAGAAGAAGAUGUCAACACUCAGGAUGCCGAAGAAAAGGAACAAAAACGUACACUUCUGACAUUGACUUUAGAACACUUGGUAUCUCCAGAUUCCCCUGUCCCUCCGGACUGUGUGAUUGAUUAUGUUUAUGAGAGUGCUGCCUUGGUAGUGGACAUGAAGCUUAUUCUCCGUGCAGCUAAUGUGAGGGAGAUGAGUCGUAUCUUGACCCAAAGCAGGCUUAGUAUCAAUAAUGAGAUUGAAAAACUAUCCAAGAAACUGAGGAAAGUUACACCGGAGUCUAUUCCAGAGGAAGCGCCACCUAAAAGACCACUGCUCAAGCAUUUACAAAGUGAAGGGUCUAUCAUUAGUGACAAAACUACAAUUAGUAGACCCGAAGAGAAUGCCCUCAAGGGAUCUAUUUCGCUGGCUUCAUCGUUUCAUAGACCAUCUUCUGCAAGUCUCUUGAAACCAAGCGUGUCGAGCUCAUCCUUGUCUAACUUCGCCAACAAUGGGGGAAGUAAGAGUUUCAGGGGUAUAACCGGGUUUACCCCAUUCAAACAAAGCAAAACAGAUCCUCGAAUGGGCAAUAAAGAACUUGAUAAACGUAUCACCAAGCUGAUCAAGAAAGACGAGAAGCAGAAGUUGAAGAACGAAAAAGACCCAAAACCCAAGAAGUCUUCUAUGCAUGGCCUUUUACAUCGGAAUUCGUCUAAAGUGAACUUACCAACCUCAGCCACAUCCUCCAUAAGCUCAGUGGCUACCCCCUCUUCAUCAAAGAAGCAUCACCAUGGUUUUUUUCAUUUGGGUAGGAAACAUGACACCCCCGAAGACUCAUCCUUGGAUGACAAUCAGAUGAGAAGAACAGAAAGCUAUAGCGCAAGCAUCAAUCUGGAGGGCUCUUCAAGAAAGACCAAGAAGUUUUUCGGAUUGAGGAAAUAG